AUGGCAUCUACAAGCAACAUGACAGAAAUAAUUUUCUUGGGGUUUUCCCAGAGUCAGCACGUACAAAAGGUCAUUUUUGUGCUUUUUCUCCUGGCGUACAUAGCCAUUGUGCUGGGCAAUGGCUUCAUUGUGGUGACUGUCGUGGCCAGCAGGGGGCUCUCUUCUCCCAUGUAUUUCUUCCUUAGCUACUUGUCACUGGUAGAACUCUGUUACUGUUCUGUCACAGCCCCCAAACUCAUAUUUGACUCUUUGCUCAAGAGAAAAGUAAUUUCCCUCCAGGGCUGCAUCACACAAAUAUUUUUCCUCCAUUUCUUUGGUGGCACUGAAAUCUUUCUUCUGACAGUGAUGGCCUAUGACCGUUACGUGGCCAUCUGCAAGCCCUUGCACUAUGUCACCAUCAUGAACCGGAGAGUGUGUGGCUUCCUGGUGGGGGCAGCAUGGAGUGGGGGCUUGCUGCACUCUGCUGGACAAGCCUUCCUCAUUUUCCAGCUGCCCUUUUGUGGUCCCAACAUCAUUGACCACUACUUUUGUGACGUCCACCCGGUGUUGAAGCUGGCUUGCUCAGACACCUUCCUCAUUAGCCUGCUGGUUAUCAUCAAUGGUGGUUCCAUCUCGGUGAUCAGCUUUGCGGUGCUGCUGGCUUCUUAUGUGGUGAUUCUGCUUUCCCUGAGGAGCCACACGGCCGAAGGACGACUUAGGGCUCUCUCUACCUGUGCCUCUCACAUGGCCGUGGUGGGGCUGUUUUUCAUUCCUUGCUCUUUUGUCUACAUGAGACCCUGCACCACCCUCCCUGUGGACAAGGUUGUGGCGGUUUUUUAUACGGUUGUCACACCUCUCUUGAACCCCAUUAUUUACUCUUUCAGAAACACUGAGGUGAAAAAUGCCAUGAAGAGACUUGUGUGGAGGAAGGUGGCUUGGGAAGAGAAAUAG